UGGCAAGAUGGCGGCGCCCAGGCAGCUGCCCGCCCGAGUGUCGGGCAUCAUGGUGCCCGCGUCCAUCCAGGACCUGGAGGCCCUCCGCGCGCUGACGGCGCUCUUCAAGGAGCAGCGGAACCGAGAGACGGCGCCCAGGACUAUCUUCCAGAGAGUCCUGGAUAUCUUGAAGAAAUCUUCUCACGCCGUCGAGCGGGCCUGCAGAGACCCGUCCCAGGUGGAUGACCUGGCGUCCAGCCUGCAGCUCAUCACCGAGUGCUUCCGGUGUCUGCGCAACGCGUGCAUCGAGUGCUUCGUGAACCAGAAUUCCAUCAGGAACUUGGAUGCGGUCUGCAUUGCUGUUGAUUUGAUUUUUCUCUUUCGGGAGCUGCGAGUGGAGCAGGAGUCUCUGCUGACAGCUUUUCGCUGCGGCCUGCAGUUUUUGGGCAAUAUCGCCUCACGGAAUGAAGCGUCCCAGUCUGCCGUUUGGUUGCAUGCUUUCCCGGAACUCUUUUUGUCUUGUUUAAAUCAUCCAGACAAAAAAAUUGUUUCCUACUCCUCCAUGAUUUUGUUCACUUCCCUGAAUUCUGCAAGAAUGAAAGACCUGGAAGAAAACCUCAACAUCGCAAUCAACGUGGUGGAAGCUCAUUAUAAGCAGCCCGAGUCGGAAUGGCCGUUCUUGAUCAUUACAGACCAUUUUCUGAAAAGCCCGGAAUUGGUGAAAGCCAUGUAUGCCAAAAUGAGCAAUCAAGAAAGGGUUACGCUGUUAGACAUUAUAAUAGCCAAAGUGAUGGCUGAUGAGCCCCUAACCAAGGAGGAAAUCCCUGUGUUUCUGAGCCAUGCCGAGCUGUUUGCGAGCACUUUCGUGGAUCAGUGCAGGCUCGUGCUGAAAUUGACCUCCGAGCAGUAUACUGACGAUGAGGAGGCGCUGGCUACCAUCAGGCUGCUGGAUGUCCUGUGCGAGAUGAGUGUUCACGGCGACCUGCUCGGCUACCUGCAGGCGUACCCUGGCUUGCUGGACAGAGUAGUCGAUCUUUUACGACUGAUUCAUGUGACUGGCACUGACACCACGAACAUCUUUAGUGCCUGCAGUUACAUAAAAGCGGAUAGCAACAUCUCGAACAUGGCUGAGGGGUUUAAGUCUCAUCUCAUUCGUCUGAUUGGAAAUCUGUGUUACAAGAACAGAGUUAACCAAGACAAGGUCAACGAGAUGGACGCCAUUCACUUGAUCCUGGACAACUGCAGCCCUGACGACAGGAACCCCUUUAUGACCCAGUGGGUGGUGUACACCAUCCGAAACCUGACAGAAGACAAUACCCAAAACCAGGAUUUGAUUGCCAACAUGGAGGAGCAGGGGCUGGUCGACGCAUCCCUCCUUAAAAAAAUGGGUUUCGAAGUUGAAAAGAGGGGUGACAAGCUGAUUCUGAAAUCUAUUCAUGAUGCCCCUCAGCCGUGAAUCAACGCUCCAUAUAAAUACCUGAAUUUGGGGGGCCUGUUUCACGGAUUUUUUCAUCUUCGGCAGUACGUGAAAUUGCGAGCGUUUAAAGAUUUCUUAAGUACAAGUUUAGAAACUCGUGAAUCUUUUUGGUGAUAGAGUUAAAUGUGUUUAAGCUUAAAAGUAAAAGUACAUGAGUGUUCUGUUGUUUCUUUGCUUUAAAAUGUAGUUGUCUGAUUAGCUUUGUCCCCAUGGAUACGAUGUGCAUUUAAGUCACAUACUGUACUUCCUGUGGCAGCAGAUAAUAAACUCUUCUUGUGGA